AUAACAACAGCUUUUGUUGUUGGUGUUGCAUCUUUCUCUCUCUAUAGGAAUUCAGAAGAGAGAGAGAGAGAGAGAGAGAGAGAGAGAGAGAGAGAUUAGUUACCUAGCAAAGUAGAGUAACACUUAUUUUUCACACACCCUUUGGUUCAUAAAAACUUGGUGGGUGGUUAUUAAUGAUCUUUGCACCACUUGUUCAUUACAUGAAGAUUCUCAACUUGGUUGUUAAAAAAUGUUGGUGAAUGAGGAGGAAAACUUUCAUGUUGUGGACAUAGAGAACAAUGGUUGUCACCGGAGUCACGAGGAGGGUGACUCCGGUGAUAGGUCAGAGAUUGUGGGAGUGGAUGAAAAACAAAGAGGUUCUGAUGAUUCAUCUGAAUCUGUUGAGUCAGGUGAAUCUGUGGUGUUGGAUCUGGAUGGUGUAGUUGGUUGUGAUGUUGAUGUUAAGGUGCAUUUGGAUAAGGUGGAGAGAGAUUGUAGGAUUUGUCAUCUUAGUAUGGAUAUGACAAAUCAUGAAUCUGGGAUUCCUAUUGAGCUUGGAUGUUCUUGUAAAGAGGAUUUGGCUGCUGCUCAUACACAUUGUGCUGAGGCUUGGUUCAAGAUUAAGGGAAACAAAACUUGUGAAAUCUGUGGCUCAAUAGCACACAAUGUAGCUGGUGCUUUUGAAGUUCAAACGACAGACCAAUUGAAUGAAGCAAGUGAUCCCUCUAUUGGACCACCAUCCGGACCUUCACCGCCGAUUGAAACUCGAAAUUUUUGGCAGGGACACCGGUUUUUGAAUUUCCUGCUAGCAUGUAUGGUUUUUGCAUUUGUCAUAUCAUGGCUUUUUCACUUUAAUGUCCCCUCUUGAAUUCCUAAGUUGAAGCCAAGGUAACAUGAUAGAGGGUUAUUAACUAAGGAACCAAACUCAAUACCUUGUGUCUCUCCAUAGUUUGAUUUGGAGGCUUUUUUUUUUACUUAUAUGUUGUUCAUAUGUGUAUUUUUGAUGUAUUAUUUAUCUUAUUUUGUUCGAGUUAUAUUAUCUUCUAUGUAA